UCGAUUCGGAGUUGAGUGAGUGAGUGAGUGAGAGAGAGAAGUCAGAAGAAGACUCAAAAGUGAUUAUACCUGAGAAAAGAGAGAGAGAAAUGGGAAUCGUGAUAAUAGACGGAUCGACGGUUCGAGCCUUCGUGGAAAAUGAGGAAGCGUUCAAGAAGAGCGUGGAGGAGCGGUUCGCGAGUCUGGACCUGAACAGCGACGGUGUGCUCUCGCGCUCCGAGCUCCGCAAGGCCUUCGAGUCGUUCCGCCUGAUCGAGUCCCACUUCGGCAUCGACGUCGCCACCCCGCCCGACGAGCUCACCAAGCUCUACGACUCCAUCUUCGACAAGUUCGACUGCGACAACAGUGGCGCCGUCGAUCUCGACGAAUUUAGGGCCGAGAUGAAGAAGAUCAUGCUGGCCAUCGCCGACGGCCUCGGUGAAUCGCCGAUUCAGAUGGCCCUCGAAGAUGACGGUAACAGCUUCCUCAAGAAAGCUGCGGAUCUUGAGGCCUCGAAGAUCGCUGCACAGGCCACAUGAAGGAGGGAGGGAAGGCCCGUUCCCCUGCGAUCGGACGGUCCAGAUGGUUUUGUUGUACUGUAAUGUAAUGUAAUAGUAGUAUCGUACUCUUUCCCUUCUUGAUGUUGCUAGCUAGCUGUUUCAAGGACUAAUGCGUUUUACCAUUUUCCUUCUCUACGGAGGUCCAUUUUGAUUAGGGUCGAAGUGGUUAAUCCGUUUGGACAAGCUUUUGCUUUUGAGCUUUCUACCCUAUGAAACGAAAUUGAAGAUAGGGAAAGUGUUUACUCUUGGAUAGUUUUUGUAUGUCCUUAUCUUCAAUCGGUCUUAGGUAUUUUUUAUAUUUAAUGUAAUUUAUUUGUAAGAUCUUAAAA